UCCCUCCCGCACUGCUCGGCCGAGCUCAACGCUCGUCAGCUCGGGCCGUGGCACUUUGAUCGGCCUGGCCAGGAGCAGGAGGAGGAGCGGGAAGAGGAGGAGGAGGAGCGGGAAGGAGGAGGAGGAGGAAGAAGAAGAGGGAUGUGCAGAGAGAGAGGCGGCCUGCCGAGAGAGAGAGAAGCAUGGCCCAUCUACCCCGCCAGCUCGGCUGGCUGUGUUGGCUCUGCUGCUGGAGGGCGAUGCUCGCCCAAGCAGCUCCUGAAUGCCAGCCCGGAGGGCACGAGGUGCUGGACAGCCCAUACCGCAGCGUGCAGUUCGACUCGACGCAACUGCAGCAGUCGGCCAUCCAGGACCUCAUCUGCGACCACUCCCUCCGCGCAGGAUGGUACCGCUUCAACGUGUUUGGCAAGCCUGCCCAGAUGCCCACGACCUGUGUGGAGAUGAACCGCUGUGGCACGCAGGCCCCCGUGUGGCUGUCGCUGCACGGCGUCGAGUUGCUGCCGGCGCCGGGUGAGGCGCGCCAGCUCACCGCCUGCGCCACCUGGCAGUUCUUCCCGGGCUCCACCAAGGACUGCUGCCUCUUCCGCAUCCCCGUCACCGUGCGCAAUUGCGGCGACUUCCACGUGUACCUGCUGCGGCCGACGCAGGGCUGCAUGGGCUACUGCGCGCAGGUGGUCCCCGAUGCACGCACGCCGCCCGACGAGUCCGCUCUGCUGGUCGAGGCGGCGGCGCUGGAGGAGGCCGCGGUGCCAGACGGACCAGCGCUGCCGGAGGCACCGGUGGUGCCUGAGAGACUGUGCGGCCCUGGGGAGGAGGAGGUGAACGGCGCCUGCAGAGCGACGCUGCCGGUGCUGGCGGAGCGGCCGGUGGUCUCGGCGGCGCCGAGCGGCGGCGGCGGGAGCGGCGUGCACGCGCGCUGCCUCUUCUCGGGCCCGGCGUACAACGGCACGCUGGGCUACGUGGUGGAGUGGACGCGCGUGGCGGCCCGCGGCCAGCGGGAGGCCCUCCGCCGCGAGACCUCGAUGCAGCCGCGUGCCAGCAUCGAGCUGGACGGUGUCAACAUCCGCCUGGGAGACUCGAUCGUGUGCAGCGUCGCCUGCUUCCUUUUGGAAUCUCCACAGUCCCAGGGCCCGGCUGUGGAGAGCGAGGAGUUCUUUGCCGGAAUCAGGGUGAGCCCCAGCAGCCUGGAGAUGUCGGAGGACGGACGGGAGCACGCGAUCGUGGUGGAGAGCACCGUGCCCAUCCCGUGCGCCGAGUCGGGCCCCCGCGCACGCAGCUGCGCCCUGGCUGUGCAACUCCACACGUGGAGCGACGACGGUGGCCCUGCCGACGUGGCGCUCUCGUCGUGCCUCGUGCUGCUCCCCCUCGGGCCCUGCGCGGGCGGCAGCUGCUCUCGGGCCACGGUGUACGUCACGGCCAUCGUGGACUUCACGCGGGACGGCGACCGCGACAGCUUCGUCUCCGUGGAGCCGCUCGGCGUCUCCGACUUCCUGUGGUCCGGCUACGCGCCACCGCCCGUGCAGGUGACGGUGAGAGACGUACCGACUCCGUACUGCUACUCGCUCACCGAUCCGCACGUCAUCACCUUCGACGGCAGACGUUACGACAACUACGGCACGGGCACGUUCGUGCUCUACCGGAGCACGGCCCGGCCGCUCGACGUCCACGUGCGGCAGUGGGACUGCGGCAGCCGCGAGCACGCCGUGUCCUGCGGCUGCGGCGUGGCGGCCCGCGAGGGGCCCGUCUCCGUGGUCGUCGACAUGUGCAACGGCCAGGCGCAGGAGGAUGCGCGGCCGCACCUCUCCGUGCGGGGCCUCGUCCUGGAGCACGGCGAGCGGCGGCCCCGGAUCACCGAGGCCCAGCAGGGUCGCAAGGUCACGGUCACGUUCCCGUCCGGCACGUUCUUGCGCGUGGACGUGAGCGACUGGGGGAUGAGCGUCGCGGUGCGGGCGCCCGGCUCGGACGCGAACGCCACCCUCGGCCUGUGCGGCACCAUGGACGGCGACGCGGGCAACGACUUCCACGACAACCACGGCGGGGAACGUCUGCCCCCCUCCUCGGGCGCGGGCACCGCGGAGCCGCGCCGCUUCGUCGACGAGUGGAGGCUGCAGCCGGGCGAGAGCCUCUUUGACCGUCUCCCCGAGGGCGAGGCGCCGCCGCCCCGGCGAAACUACUGCACCUGCGGCCGCAACCCCGUGGGCGCCGACCGCCAGCGAGCGCCCGAGCCGCCCUCUCCCUACGCCUCCGCGACGUGCCUCGGCAUCGAGGACGUGGACCUCUCGGGCCUGAUCCCGGCCGAGGACGUCACCGCCGACUUCCUCAACCCCCAGGAGCUCGUGGUGCCGGACAACCGCAGGCGCCGUGGCGCUCGGGGGGUGUCCCGACCUCCGACCCCCGAGCGCGGAAGCAAUCGGUCUCCGGCGGGGAGUCGAGGUGUCGCGGAACGCGCGGCGAGCCCCGAAGCGCGGUCGCGGGAAACGGCUCAGUCGGUGGCGGCGGCGGGGCACCGUGGCGCAGGGGGCCAGCGAGAGCGCCGCUUCGGGAAGAGGAGGAUCCGCCCGGAGCGCCACGGCCAGGGGAACGGGACGCGGUCGCUGCCUCCGCGAGCCAGGCGGCAGACCGCCCGCGGGAAGAGGCAGAGCUACUACGAAUACGCGCCGACCUACAACUUCCAGAGUCUGAGCCAGGUGGACCUGGAGAGCCUCAGCUACUUCUUCCCCGAGGACCACAUGGCCGGGGGUGACAGCGACAGGCAUCGCCCGGCGGUGGCGGUGGCCCCGCCGCGUUGGCCCACGCGGAGCGGCCUGACGGAGAAGCGCGCCGCCGACCUGUGCGACGCCGCCCUGGCGGCCUCCGGCGUGGGCAGGGCCUGCGCGCCGGUGCUCGGCCGCGAGACGCUGGACCGCGCGCAGCAGACGUGCGUCCUCGACCUGCAGCUCAAGGACGACCCCAGCUGGGCCGACGCGCUGGUGCCGUACCUGGAGAACGAGUGCGAGCGGCGCCUUGUGGAGGCGCGCGGAGGCGCGGCCGGGUCGGACGGGGCCCCGCCCGAGGCCCUGGACGUCCUCCGGUGCCCGCGCGGGUGCAGCGGGCGCGGCCGGUGCACGCCCCAGGGCUGCGAGUGCUUCCAGGGCUUCGGCUCCUACGACUGCAGCUCCUCCGAGAGUCAGCCCCCGCAGAUUGCCGAGCUGGAAAACGGGGGGCUGUGCGACAUCCGCGCUUACGACUGCACGAGCGUGCGCGUGUUUGGCAAGGGCUUCAGGGACUCCCCGUCCUUGAGAUGCAGAAUCCUCAGCCUGCAGAACAUGGGUGGGGAGUGGGUGCCCGACGAGCCACGGCUCGUCGACGCCGAGUGGCUGAGCGGCCGCGCCGUCGAAUGCCCCCUGCCCCCGGCCGCCAUCCCCGCGGGCGAGCAGCUGGGUGCGGUGCUGGACGAGGAGCCCUUCGCCCGCUUCCAGAUACAGGUGACCAAUGACGGGCUCGAGCUGAGCGACAUUAAGACCCUGACUCUGUACGAUGGAGUCUGCCAGGUGUGUGACUCGAGGCCCAAUGGACUCUGCAAACUCAAGGAAAAUACCUGCAACAUCGACGGGCUGUGCUAUGGAGAGGGACACAUCAAUCCCACAAGCCCGUGCCUGCUGUGCAGGCCCGAUGUGUCCAAGUUCACCUGGUCCCUGAAUGAGAACAACCAGGCCCCGGAGCUGCAGACGGGCCUCGAGCCGCUGCACACGUUCGCCGGAGAGGGCUUCAUCUUCCAGCUGCAGGCCGGCGACCCCGAGGGCUCGGCCGUGCUCUUCACGCUGGAGCUGGGCCCUCCGGGGGCCUCGCUAACGCCGGGCGGCCUCCUCAUGUGGGACGUCCCGGCCCUGCCCGGCCCGGGCCUCGGCCGCUCCGAGGAGUUCCGGCUGACGGUGGCCGACGAGUGCGCGGCCGAGAGCCGCGUCGUAGUGCAGGUGACGGUGAGGCCGUGCGAGUGCGUGAACGGUGGGACGUGCGUCACCAACGUGGGCCGCCCCCCGGGGAGCGGCGAGUACCUGUGCGUGUGCGGCGCCGGCUACACGGGCCCCCGCUGCGCCGGCCUCGUGGACGGAUGCGCCGCGGCGCCGUGCGGGCCCGGCACGUGCGUGGCCGGCGUCCGGAACUUCUCGUGCUUGUGCCCGGCCGGGCUCACAGGCCCGGCGUGCGCCCACGACGUGGACGAGUGCCGGGGACGGCCGUGCUUUGCCGCGGUGCCGUGCGCCAACAGCAUGGGCUCCUUCCGCUGUGGGCCCUGUCCAGCGGGCCACCGGGGGGACGGGCGCGCCUGCUCGCCCAUCACCGCCGGCACCACCAUCAUCUCCACCACCUCGAGAGCCCCGUCCACUCGCCCCACCCAAGCGGCGGGGCUGGGAGGGCCCCCCGGACCGGGCACUGGCGGCCACAGGGAAGGCCCCGAGGAGGCGGCCCGGCGCUCCUCCCGGCCCGUGGACGUCGGGACGGCCGCGGCCCCCCACUGGCCUACUCUGGCAGAGCGAGGGACCAGCGGGGAGGGAGCGGGGGAGGGGGAAGCGUCACGCGUGGCGGCCCAGCACCGUGCGGCACCCGAGCCCGUGCGCCCUGGCAAGUGUCGUCGUGAAUGCGGCGGAGUUAGAAUGACUAAAGAGCAACUGAUGGCCAAUGUGGCUCUAAGAAGUUUGAUCGUCAAAGUAAUGUUCCUACGAACAAAAAUAUAUAUAUUUACUUGUUGCGUUACUCUUUGUGUUUCCCAAGAGCGCGUGGCAGGCUGCGCCGGUAACCCCUGCUUCCCCGGUGUUCCGUGCCACGAGCGCAGGCCGCCUGCCGCCGGCACCGCGUGUGGCCGCUGUCCACCAGGGCUUUAUGGAAACGGCCGCACCUGCACCAAGCUGCCUGGCCGAGGUCCUCACGAGACACGGCUGCCCCCCGUGCGGGCCGCUGUCGCCCAGCACUCACUGCCCGGAGCCCAAAAGCCGUCGCUUGCGGUGCAACAGAGGCCGCCCUCCGGGACGCUUCCCCGUGGCUCGGCGCACACGGGCGACCUCGGCACGCACGGGCAGUCAAAACACGCUCAGCUGGGCGCCGUGCCCAAAACCGCCGGGUCCCUGACCGGAGCGCCAUCCGUCGCCGACCACGAGAGGGGUCCGUCACCCGCGGCAUCCGAAGCGCUGGCGCCGCCGCCACCUCCUCCGGGCUUGACGAAUCGGCAUAACGAGGUGGCCCCGCGCCUCGGCAAGACCGGGCUGUCGUGCGCCGACUCGCCGUGCUUCAAGGGCGUCCUCUGCGACUCCCCGGCCAGCGGCGCCGGAUACAAGUGCGGCCGCUGCCCUCACGGCUACUACGGCGACGGCGAGUCGUGCCGAGCGCUCUGCCGCUACGCCUGUGGCAAGAACAUGGAGUGCUCCGCCCCCAACACGUGCCGAUGCAAGCCCGGCUACACAGGCUACAACUGCCUCAUCGCCGUAUGCAGGCCAGACUGCAAGAACCAGGGCAAGUGCGUGAGGCCGGACGUGUGCGAGUGCCCGCUGGGCUACAAGGGGCCGAUCUGCGAGGAAGUGGAGUGCACACCGACCUGUCAGAACGCGGGCGCCUGCAUCGCCAGGAACCUGUGCUCUUGUCCGUACGGAUACCUGGGCCCCAGAUGCGAGACCAUGGUGUGCAACAGGCACUGCGAGAACGGAGGGGAGUGCGUCAGCCCGGACGUGUGCCGCUGCUCCCCGGGCUGGGACGGACCGACCUGCGGGAGCGCCGUGUGCAGCCCCGUGUGCCUCAACGGGGGAGCCUGCGUGCGCCCUGGCGUGUGCCUCUGCCCGCACGGCUUCUUCGGAGCCCAGUGUCACAACGCCAUCUGCAGCCCUCCCUGCAAGAACGGCGGCCACUGCAUGCGCAACAACAUCUGCUCCUGCAGCGAGGGAUACACGGGCCGUCGCUGUCAAAAGAGCGUGUGCGAGCCCACGUGCAUGAACAGUGGGAAGUGCGUGGGACCCAAUGUCUGCUCCUGCCCCUCCGGGUUUAAAGGAAAACGCUGCAAUCGCCCCGUGUGCCUGCAGAAGUGUAAGAACGGUGGAGAGUGCAUCGGCCCCAACAGCUGUCACUGCCCCGAGGGAUGGGAGGGCAUGCACUGUCAGAACCCCGUGUGCCAGCAAACGUGCAAGUUCGGCGGCCGCUGCACCGCUCCCAACGCGUGCUCCUGCCGGCCUGGCUUCUCCGGUUUCGCGUGCGGCCGCAGGUUAUCGGCGAAGCAGGGGAAGUAAAUGAAGAGGAUCACGGGCGUGCUGAAAUCACCUGCUGAGACAGCGGGACUUCUUGAGAUGAAGGAUCUGCAUCAAGCGAGGCUACAGUGCUAAUUCACUUGGGGGGGGGGGCACCCCGAGGAUCUGCACACACCAACAGCGGUCUCUUCAGGGUUCUUGGCUUUUUGUAACUUGUAUUUUUAAAAAUUGUGUUUGUACUUUGCCCUAACCCUUUGUAUGUGGUGGAGUGGCUUACUGGGUGUGGGUGUCGGUCUGGUCACAUCUACCUCCGCAAGCAGACCAAGAGGCUUUGAAACCCUCCCCUAGGCGUUUCCCACGUGUUAUUCUUUUUUUAACAGAGUUGUUAGUUUGGUAGGACAAUUUUUCACGUAUUUAUUUUCACAGGGAACAUUUUUACAUGCAAGACAUCUUAGCCGGUACGUCACCGACUGCGGCAUACGAAUCAAUGUUUUGUUUCUCUUUAGAACGCCUGCUGCCACUGAAUACCAGAACAAUAUAAGUUAUUGUUAAGCUUUCUUAACAACUACUUUGUGUUGUACAAAGGGAAUUGUACAUAUCUUCAAGAGAUAUUGUCUGGAAUAUCUUACAACUGCUUAAAUGGAGACGACAUUUAAUGUAACCGUGGCAAUGCUAUGUUUUUACCAAACUUAAACACAAACACAAGAAAGUUUGAAAAAAAACCUGUAUAUUCUGUAAAAUAUAAAAUAAAGGGACACAGGUAUGGUUUUCUUCACUGGUAUCUGUAAUUUAAUAAAGUACUCGUGAAGUA